CAGGGCGCGAGGUGUUUUGCUGCGGUUUCCUCGUUGACGGGACGACUGAGCUACCUGAGGCGCAUCGGAGAGUGAGCGCUUCUCACGCGGCCGUUUCUGCGGGGAAAGCAGAGUUGGAGGCGCAGAUCAGGAGGAGAAGAAGAAGAAGAAAAAACACCUGUCAGCUGCUGGCGGAGCUUGAGGUGCUAUGAUGAAGAAUGACGGGGGAGUUCGUCUCUUCUGGUUGCUGCUUUUGUUUUUGUUGUACACAAGGGGAAAAAGCUAUAGCGUGCCAGGAAAGCCAACAUUAACCAGAUGUCGUUCUCCUGAAAAAGAGACCUUCACCUGUUGGUGGGAGCCAGGUUCUGAUGGAGGUCUGCCCACCACCUACAAACUCUUCUAUCGCAAAGAAGGCUCCGAAAAAGAAUAUCAAUGCACAGACUAUCACACAGGUGGGAAGAAUUCCUGCUUCUUCAAUAAGAACGACACGUCCAUCUGGGUUAACUACAACAUCACCGUUGUUGCCACCAACGCUUUGGGCCAGGCUUUGUCAGACCCACUCAACAUCGAUGUCUAUUAUAUUGUUGAGCCCAAUCCUCCUGAGAACUUAAAGGUGACCAUCCAGAACGACAAAGGAUGGCCGUUUCUUCGAGCGUCAUGGGACCCGCCGACAAAAGCUGACACCCGCUCGGGUUGGAUCACGCUCAUCUAUGAGCUGCGCAUAAAACUGGAGGAAGAGGAUGAAUGGGAGAUUCACCAUGUGGGCCAGCAGAAGGUGUUUAAUAUUUUUGGCUUGCAGUCAGAGGGCACAUACGUUAUUCAGAUUCGCUGUAAGCCUGAUCAUGGCUUUUGGAGUGAAUGGAGCGAGGAUGUCCAAGUCGUUGUUCCUAACUAUUUUCCUAACAAAAGGUCCACCUGGGUGCUAGUUAUGGUCUUUUCCGGCAUGGUCUUUCUCAUCUUGAGCUGGCUGUUACACAUCAACAGUCGCAAUUUGAAGCACUGCAUUCUUCCACCGGUCCCUGGUCCAAAAAUUAAAGGAUUUGAUCAAAAGCUUCACAAGAGUGGAAAGUCAGUGGAUGCCUUCAAGUCACUUGACGUGCCUGAUUUUCCCCACCACACAUUCUCAAAGUCCGAGGAUUUGCUUGUGGAGUACAUAGAAGUGUACGUUCCUGAGGAGCAGGAGCUGAUGCUGGAAAAGAGCAAUAAUCUACACAAUGGCUGCCUGAAAUCUGAGAACUCAGUGUCUGACUGUGAUUCUGGCCGAGGCAGCUGUGAUAGUCACACCCUGCUUCUGGAUAAGAGUGGACAACAAACCGAUACCCAGGAGAGUCAGACGGAUGAGCAAAGGCACGGGGAAGCUCUGCAGGGUGAAAAUCUGGCCUACACUCACCAAGACAUGGUUAGCCCUGAUAUGUCAGCUGGAAGGGUUAAGACGUGGCCCUCUGUCUUUUCUCCACUGCCUCAGAACAGAUCGACAGAGGAUCAAACCAGCUCACUUGAGAUAGCCAAGCAGCACUGUCUUUCAGACAGCUUGCUUCCCUCCGACUUCUUAACCCCCUACCAUUCCCCACCUGGACACUGCACCAGAGAGCAUCUUGGAUCAAACUACUGGGAGUUUGAUUUUGGCAACAAGCGACCUCAUUUAACACAACCCCAAACAGAGGUCUGUCACCAGAUCCAGGCUCACAGCGAAAUCAACAUCAACACCGGUGUAAAAGCAGAACCUGCAGCUCAGAAGUUCCCCACUCCCCGAUCCAAUGAGUAUGUUGAAGUGCAGAGGAUCAAUGAGGAGGAUAGCGUCGUUCUCCGUCCAGUCGCAUCAAACUAUGACAAACUCUUUGAAAUGCAGCAAGGAGAGGAUUACAGCAGGGUGAAGGGGGUGGACAGUGACAGUGUGCUCCUCCUGCUUCAGAAAGAGGCAAUGGAAGAAGAGAUGAACAUGUGCUCCUGUGAGCAGUUGACUGACACAACAGACGCCCACUAUACAACAUUUGCCACGAGUCCAGAGAAACCAACGGCCUGCACACAUCCUACACCACAACCUCUGGAGGAAAGGGUAGUUAAUGGAUAUGUUGACACUGCCACUAUGUUCACCAUGCCUCCUUACUAGUUGUAGAAAAAGCACACGUGACAACAACAAAAAAAGGAAGUCCCAGAGGUAUUGUGACCUUGGGACUGAAACAAAAACAUUGAGGCUGUCGUUAAGCCUGUUCCAGCUUGUCGAUGCCUUUACUCACCAUUGAAAUAUAAUGGUAGGUUAUUGCCUAUUAAACUGUCGUUUCUACACUUGGCUUUAUUGUACAGUGUACACAAGUGCAGGGGAUUUCCUUAUGCCAUGUUCACCUCAUGCAUGUGCAGCACAUUCAAGAGCAUGCUGAACGCGGGGUCCUUGAACGUUUUUAGCACAUGGUGUUCAUACUACCUACUCUUGGAAGAGGCUUGGUGUGAAACAUCAAAGCGGUGCAAAUUCUUGCUACAGGCUUUUCCUUUCACAGCUCUAUUCCGAAAAAUACUUGGUGUCACAUUAUUCUGGCCGGGCACAAACAGCAAUUAUUCAUUUCUCCUUAAUGAUCAAUUUUCAAACGGUUGGCACUUGGGUGAAUUUAAAAGGACACUACCCAUACAUCACUACCAAAUCCGAGUCCCUGAUUGGUCAAAGUUCAACUAGUUUAACUUUCAAUACGCGUUCAGUGGACGUGCAUUUUAUGCGUAGAGACUAAAAGUGACCAAAAAACCGUGCGUAGCGACACGUGAACAUGAGAGUUUUAAACGUGGAAGCCUAAAAGACACAUAUAUGCACGUUUCUAUACACCUUUCAUGGAAGUAGUCGCUCGCUUGAAUGCGCGUUGCCAAGGACGGUGUGAACGUAGCAUUCGACAGCACAAAAGUUUGAAAGAAAACCACUGUAAAGUAGUCUCAAGUAUUUACUAGUUUUUGAGUCACACACUUCACUAUCAGGUGAGGCUUUUUGUACAAAGCAGAACAAAAGGUAUUUUAAAUUUUGUACAUAACCUGGCUGUAAUCAUUUUUGUAAAAUUAAGAGAAAGGGGUUGCACAAGAACCAGAGGGGAAAACGAGUAAAGCAAGAAAUUCUCAUGGAGACAUUUAUUUAGAAUAGUAGCAGAUUGAAGUUAAUUAAAUCAACUAGGAUGACUUUAUUCAUCCCCUAUGGGGAAUGUCAUCUAUAGUAUAAAUUAAAGAAAAAAAUCUAUUAAACUAUCAACCAAUAAAAAAAUAAUAAAAAACUUGUGGAAAAUAUAGAAAAAGAGAAGAGAGAUUAAUAUGUCUAUUGACAUGCCUUGCUGAUAAUAUGAUGCAGUGUUUGCACAUAACUGUUAAUGUCUUAUAGUAACAUCUUUAGAGGCAUCGUACAGCCAACAGUAGAGACACUAACCCAGGUAUGCAUAUCUAACACAGUUAUGUCACUCCUGUGUAGUCUGAACAGGUUCAAAUGUCUGGAUAACUUUCCUCCAGGCCUGUCUUAAUAAAAAAA